AUAUAUACAAUGAGAUCACGUAUCUCUCAUUUCUUUCUCAAUCCAUUUCUCCUAGUUCAUGAUCAAAUUGGCUUACUUUCUCUCUCUUCGUCUUCUUUCUCUCUCUUAUUUUCCUUCUAACUUUCUCUCUCCAUUCCAAACAAGUAACAAACUAAUAACUUCGCUUCAACAAAUAAUAAUCAUGGGAAAUUAUCAUUGUAUCCCUGUUAUGCCAAUCUAUAUAAACUCAUAUCAUAAAAUCAUCGUCUUCACUUUGCUUAUGCAACAAUCAGUAAAUCACCAAUCCAAAUGUUAUGUUUUUCUGAAGAAUUUCAAGUAUAUAAGCUUGCCCCUUAAACCCCCUCUCUUUUAAUCAGAUUAUGACCUCAAAAAACAUGGGAUUUACUUCAAAGAAGCAUGAUGCAAGAUAUAGGUUAAGUGAAAUGCCUGAUGAAAUAUUGGUGCACAUUCUUUCAUUUCUGCCAAUUUUAGAUGCUGUUAGGACCGUGUCAAUUCGCAGAUUUGGUAAUCUUUGGACUAUGAUGUCCUCGCUUGAUUUUAAAGACUAUGAAUUUUUCAAAGCAGGUAAUUGGCCUUAUGGCAUAAUAGAUUUUGAUAUACAAAUUCAUUGCUUUACUAGUUUUGUGCGCAAUGUACUCAUGCUUCACAAAGGGAUCUCGGUUGAUAAAUUCGUGCUUCAUUUAAAUGACAUAUAUAUGUAUGACGAUGAUGAUAAAUCACUUAUCACAUACAUAAACUCAUUGAUAAGAUUUGCAAUAGAUAGACAAGUCAAGGAACUAGAAAUUCAAAUUGAUGAUACUAAUGAACUUUGUGAUACUAAUGAAGUUUAUGAUUCUGAUUUGCCUCAAUGUAUUUUUACUAGUCAGUUUCUUGUUAUGCUGAAACUUGCUCACUGUGAAAUCGAGUGCCUAAAUACAGUCCAAAUGGGAUCGCUAAGGAAAUUAUCACUUACCUAUGUUAAGGUGGGUAAUGAGAUGUUCGAGAAAAUCAUAUCUGGAUGCCCUUCUUUACAAGAGUUGGUUAUGAGGCAUGUACAUGUAUUGGACGAGCUGCGAAUUACUGCUCCAAACAUUGAGAAGUUAGAUCUUGAAUACUUUAGUCGAUGUGUGCUUGAUUGCCCCAACCUGAAAAUUCUAAAUAUUCAUCUCAUUAGUAGCACUGAGUCAAUUCUUCAAGUGGUUAAUAUUCCAUCUGUUUGCAAAGUUCAUAUCCAAUCUACUUUCCAAAUUGAUGAAAUUGUGAGCAAGAUUUGUACAGUUGAGGUUGUUAAAUUUUCGGAUGGAGCCUUUUCAGCAAUCAAACUUCAAGGAGUUAAAUAUUCCACAAACUAUGUGGAAGCGUUUACAUAUCGAGUCACAGCUUAAUGAAGAUCAGUUCAUUGGUAUUUGUAGAGUCUUGAAUAGUUCACCUCACUUGGAAGAACUCAUAGUAUGCUCAUAUUCACAGCAGAAUUUGCGUCAAGAUUUGGGUAAAAGCCGUAAAACACAUGAGCAUCACGUACUCUCCGAAGAGCUCUCCUCCCCUUGUGUGAUUCCACUACUCAAAUCUGUCACCAUACAUGGCCACAAGGUGCCUUGUCAAGGUCUGCUUCGACUAGCUGAAUUUUUGCUUAAAAGUUGUGUUAACUUGGAAAAGAUGGUAAUUUUACCCAGUACAUAUAAACUAGGGGCAGUUGAAGAGCUUAAGUUUGUGAAGCAAUUAUUAAGCUUUCCUAAGGCCUCAGCAAAUGCAAGGGUAAUCUGUGGGUCGGAGAUAUACUAGUGGCAGCUGCACCUUCAUACCUCAGUCUUGAAUUGAUUUCGGUAUUCAUAUCAAUGAUGGUGGCUAUUCUAGUGUUGCCAAAUGAUGCAGGCAUGCAGCCCUACGGUGGUGUUUGAUCAGCGGUGGUGGGGAUUUACACAUUCAUUUAAGAAAAUGAUGGUCACAUAUGUAGUGGGACUAGGUGGUAUUGCUGGUGUACUCUUGCCUGAUUGGCCUUUCUUUGAUAGAUAUAUCUCUGAGUUUAGUUCUGAGUUUAGUGUUGAUCGUAUUAAGAUUGUUAACCGCUCUGAUGUUCUUAGGGAUGGAUCCACAAGGUUAUUUUUUUAAUUUUUUUUUUUUUUUUUGAGGGAGGAUCUACAAGGUUAUUAGUAUAGUUCUUCGCUCUUAGGUUUUAAUUUGUACUUUGUUCGAAAUUAGUUGUUGCAUUAAUGGUUCAAAUUACAUUGUCAA